AUGUCUAUCAGGCAACGGGGAACGGCGUUGUACGUUAUCGACAGGCUCGCACUGCGUGUGGGCAAUGAGAAGGACACCUCUGAGGAGGCCGACACGGUGGGCUGCUGCUCGCUACGGGUGGAGCAUGUGACUAUGGAAGGGGAUAAUCAAAUCACACUGGACUUCCUGGGUAAGGAUUGCAUCCGAUACAUAAACACCGUGGAGGUGAUACCACAGGUGUAUAAGAACAUCAAGAUCUUCAUGCAGGGGAAAGCGCCCGAUAUUAAGAUAUUUGAUCGCUUGCUGGUAAGCCUGUGUGCCCCCAUCCGAACGGUCGUAUGCUAG